AUGGACCCAGAACAGAAUGAGACCAGUAUGAAAUGGGCUCAGAAUGAGUUUAAUGGGGGUUGGGCCCUUUCCGCACCAAGUCCAUUCUGUACUCAGCCCAAUGCGGAUUGGUCGUUUAACGACUUGAUGUCCCCAACAAUGUGCCUGUAUGUGCUAUUAUGUUCCAUUACAUUAUGCUGCAGCGUUGUCCAGCUUAUUUCGAAAGAAGCGACUGCAUCCCAAAGACUGUGGAUUGUCCAGUAUUCCUCUGGGCAAAUAUUACAACUGUUCUUAUUUUGCUGGCAUGCCAACGAACUAUUUCUCGAGAGUCAAAAUAUCGAUGGAGGAGUUUAUGCCAGUGACUGGUGGAAAGCAGACGUGCGAAUGCGCAAGCAAAUAUUGCUAUUGGCGGAUUGCACAUUGGAAUGCUAUGAUGCUCGGUUUUCCUUCCUCACUGAUAUAAUGCUACUGGUGAAGGAGUGCCGUAAUGAAAUUGCUAAUAAAACUAGUGAUGACGAUAUCAAAAACAUCAUCUGUACCCUAAAAGUUCACUUACGUACUUAA